AUGCUCCGCGAAGCAUUCGAUGAUAUUAUUUAUCUGAGCGUUCAAGGUUGCAUAAAGCGAGGCAGCGAAGGCGAUCACUUUACUUUUUUUAAUGAAGUACAGGAAAUCAUUCUCAAAAGCCGAGAAGCAAGAAAGGCCCGUUCUGAAACGGACCGGAUUAGCAGAGGAGUCGAAUCCUCGAAGACUUGUGCAAGGCGCAAACUACUUCUCGAUGGGGUCCCUAUUGCGGAGAUUGUGCGAUAUCCAAACGAUAUUUCUUUGCUCCAUGACGUCCGGGAACGUACCAAAGCUGGAAACAAGGCCGAUGGCAUUAGAGGGGAUGAUCGCGGAAGCCCUGGUCUGGUUGACAAGAACAGCCAGCCUCAACAAGAAGCUCUUGAUUCUGACAAUGUUGCUCGUAGCGUGAACAGCGAUACCUUAGAUUUGGAACCGCGUGUAGUACUGAAGGCUCGCACGGAAGAAACUCGGCCUCUGGUUGGGCGCAAGGAAUUGCACAUCAGGAAUGAGCACCCUUUGGAAGAUGAGGUUAGGGAUCGAUUGGAAAACGGGACUGGCGAAGGGGGCGAACAGAAUCCCUGGAGAACGAGAAGGGAUGUGACGACUUUACCAGGGCUACAAGAGAGCCAUACGAACAGCUUUAAUUCAGAAUCAAACAGCGGAAUGCAAAGAACUAGCACGCAACUUGAAUGUGGGGACCGGAUGUACUGCAAAGGGAAAAAGGAAAGGGUUGAUAAAGGGCGCGACGAAGUCUGGAUGGGAGAUUCGUCUGCGCACGAGGAAGAAAGGUCAAAAGAUGCUUCUCAAGUACACCGUUUAGAUUCUCUCGUCGUUGUUGGGGCCGAGAAAGUUAAUAGUGUCGGAGAAGAAGUUCCUUCGUCCCCACGUGUGGCAAGUCGAUCAAUGAUUGUGCUUCGAGGAAGGAGCCGAGUUGAAGAUGGCCAAUUUGUAGAUGACAUCUCGGAGAGGUCCCUUACGGUGGAAAGGACGGAAGACAUCGGAACUGCUCCGUCUAAGGCCCGAGUACUUUGCAAUGGGGUCCCUCCGUCGCUCAGCAGCGAUGCAGUUCAAUCUCAGUUGGAAGUGGCUGAGGAUGCUGAUAUGAGGGGACCUAACAAGAGAAGGCGGGGUUCCAGAAGUAUGGAGAAUGAUUCUUCCUGUACGACAGUACAUGUUAAACAGGGGGCACAGGAACCUGGCAGUAUUGGUGUGCCCCGGAGUGACGGGAAGAAAAACAUUGGGCAUUUCGACAGCAGUGAUCCUGAAGUGGCAGAUAAGGUGGCUACCUUUCCACAGUAUCUAGCAGACCCAGUCGUCGCGCACCGCUCUCCAGACGGUGGGGCACUUAUGUCGAGGACUGUAGAAUCGAGCGUGCGCGAAGUGUCUCAUGGCCUAGAGACCAGAGCAGAAGGGUUGAGGAACACAGCGGUUUUGUCGACAAAAUCUCGUGACAAGAAGAGGGCUUACGGGCGAAAGUCGCAUCAUGAAGGAAUGAUGGAUGUGAAAAGGACAUUUCACUUUCAGCAGCGUCGAGAGAAGCGACGACAAGUCAUCGCUGAAAUGCGUGCGAUGGCAGUAGCUCUGGACAAAGUGAACAUGCCAGUAUUAGCGUGGAAGUACAAGACGCGUUUAUUGGGCAUGUCUCACCUUCGAUAGCGACAGCUGUACAUCACACCACCUUUGAAGGGUUGAAGGGACUCGUUUCUUGCGAGGUAUUGGGGAUUGUUGCGUGCUGUGAAUACCUGUCGGGCGCUUUUUCCAUCCCAGCAGCCAGAAUUCUCAAUCUAUUUUACCGAAAGGAGGAAGCUGGUCAAAGGCUAGAUAUGGGAAAGUGCUUCACUUCGGAGGUUUCGUGAUGCGCAAUAUGUUUAGAAGAAGCUAACAAAGUUGCUAGCUUUCGAGCUAAGAAUGCUGUAGUACGCAGUGUCUUGGACAAGUAGUACAAACGCCCUGUGAAACGGAGAGAAGGGAAAACGCCCUUGCGGCAUGGCGAUAUAAACGCAGUGGCGUAGAAAGAAGUGUUUAUCAGAAAUGCACAGAGGGCGUUGCGUUGACAUCCCGGCGAUGGAAUGAUCGCAUCUACGUCCAGCUUAAAAGAGUACUAUAUACCCAUAGGUGUCUAGCCAAUAAUUUAGAACUGCAGUAUUCUGUGCUGCACAGCU